AUGGCUCGCAUUAUGUGCGCAUUGAUUGCCACCAAAAAUCGUUUACUUCGCAACACUUCACAUGAUUUGCGGACAAUUCACAAGCGAUUCGUGCAUAUGUUGGGCCAAAAGGUGUCCGUCUGUGGCCAUAACAUACACUACGAGAGGGUGGGCACCGGGAAGCGCACCGUUUUGCUACUUCCCGGCGCUCUCGGCUCAACGCGAACCGACUUUACGCCACAACUGGAGGGUAUGGACGGCGAGAGGUUCACUUUGAUCGCGUGGGACCCACCGGGAUAUGGAUACAGUCGACCCCCGGAACGGGUGUUCAGUAACUUUCACCGCGAAGACGCCAAAAUAGCCGCACAACUCAUGAGCACAUUGGGUGAGCACCGGUACUCUGUGGUGGGCUGGAGUGGUGGCGGCACCACUGCGCUCAUCAUUGCGGCCGCCAAUCUCCUGAACGUACAAAAAGUGGUGGUCUUCGGGGCCAACGCCUACGUCACCGCCGAAGACAAACGACUGAUGCGUGAGAUCCAAGACCUCAACAAAUGGCACCCAAAGGCCCGACAGGCGUACGCCGAUCUCUACGGGGCCGACACUUUCGCCAAACUUUGGCACUCAUUCGUCGAGUAUUACUGCAAACUCGAGGACACAUGUAGGGCUGACCUGAAGGCUAUCAAACAGCCGACCCUUAUAUUACACGGAGAUCUGGACCCUAUGGUCCCUAUGGAGCACCCGAUGUAUCUGUUGGACAGCAUAUCGCACUCAACGCUUCAUCGGUUUCCCAAAGGGAAGCAUAAUAUCCAUCAACAGUAUAGCGAAGAGUUCAACAAAAUUGUGGAAAAGUUUUUGAUUCAAUGA